CAUGACGAGACUAGAAGUUGAUGACUCUUUAAUUUACUACUUGCGGAAUUAAUUGCCCAACUAAUGGAUCCUGAUUAUCAUGCCAAAUUUGCUAUACACGAGGCUACUCGUGAAGGGAAGACUUCUGAAGUUGAGUCUCUGCUCAACGCCAACCCAAAGCUUGCUGUCCUGAGAGAUGGCGAUGACCGCUUGCCCAUUCACUGGGCUGCAGCUUACAAUCAAUUGCCCAUAGCUCGACUGUUAGCUUCUCAGAAAAAAUUUGAUCCAGAUGUUACCGACUCUUCGGGAUGGACCCCUCUCAUGAUCGCGGCUAGUCUGAAGGACAAUGAAGGCCGGCCCAUGAUAGAGCUCCUUCUACAAAAGGGUGCAGACGUCAAUCUAAAAAGCACCACAGGCCAGAACGCAAUUCAUUUUGCAGCCUCCAAGAGCAACACGGACAUUGUUCGUACUCUCAUCUCUAAUGAAUGCAGUGCCAGAGUCCGCGAUAAUCGAGGCCAACUUGCUCUCCACCGUGCCGCGGCAAUCGGCUCAGUUCCAAUACUCAAUAUCUUAUUGCGAGAAGGGAGAAGUCCACUGAAUGCUACUGACGUGGAUGGGUUAACUGCAUUGCAUCACGCAAUUUCAGAAGGUCAUGGGGAGGCCGCAUUAGUACUCUUGCGCGCCGGUGCGGAAGUAGACAAAAGGGACAAUGAAGGGAGGUUGGCCAUUGAUUUGGCUCCUGAUAUCAAGGUUCGGAAGUAUAUCCUACAAGCCGCUGAGCGGGAAGGAAUUGAGUUGCCAUGAUGAAUUUAAUGCCUCUAAUUUUGUUUUAAUACCUUCAAAUGAUCAGCAAACCCCUCAUGGAACAGAAAAUACAAUAAUAUUACCCAUAGAGUUGGGUCUUGGGUUGAACUUGUCGAAUAUAUAUACUGCUGGUCAUUUCAUUGUACUCUCCACAAGCUCCCGGUAUAUCUUCUUUAAAUCUUGGAUAUCUGCCUUCUGUUCCUCGACGAGCUCGCUCUUCUCACCAAGCAUUUCGAGUGUAGUCUGGUAUCUUUCAUCUAAGUCCCUAACGGCUGCCUCUAAAUCUUGUAUUCGCUUAUCGCAAGUUCUUUUUUCUUCCACUUCUUUCAUCAAUGCAACGACUUCCUGUCUGGCUUCAUCUCUUUGAUUUGUUAUGCAAACUAGCUCAUCCUUAAAUGCGGCUCGUUCAUUUUCCAAACGGCGGACCGUAGCACUCAUCCUUUCAACAAGUUGAACCGAGGGACCAGCAGCAACCGUAGAAGCAGAGACUAUAUCAUUUAUCCCCUUGGACUGAUGGGUUUCCGGAGCUGAUGGGGUUACAGGGCUUAUAGCUCCUGUGAAAUACUCCUCUGGCUCUAACACCUGCACGGAAGAAAUCUCCAACGACGCCGAGGAAUUGUCAUGGGGAAGAUGCCGAAGGCAGAGACUUGAAUUUAGUGAUGAAUAUGAACUUUGUCUGGGUGGGGUAUUUAGUCCUGGAGGGAAAAGGGGGAGCACUGGCGAUCGGCGGCUUGAAGGCCGGUCAGGCAUGGUUGCAAGAGUUUCAGACUUCCGGUUUGCUGUCAUAGGUGAUUCGCUAUGUGGGUGAAGGUAUGGUGGCGAGGAUGAUAGCUGCUCAUGCCAUUUCGACUUCUCCUCUUCGAGGCGUUGAGACCAUGCAGCAUCCUGGCGCUCUCUUUCAGUUUCGAAUGUUUGCUUCGCUUCAAGAAGGUCGGCCUCUGCCUUAAGGAGCCUUUGUGAUAACUUCUUUACUUCUCGUCUACUUUCUUCUAGGUCUCUUUCCAUUUCCUGGAAAGCUUCGUGGGAGUUCUCGACUUCGGUUUCAAUACGCUUAGAUUUCAGGUU